GUGGAUGAAAUAUACACCCGCCGAAGACCGUACGAGCGCUUGUACAGCACUGCGAAGUGGGCUUUCUGGGUAGGAGAGAUGCGCAGAACGGACGCGUUUUCGUUCAUGGGUGUCCUGUUAUCUCGUUGAACCUUGUAUACAGGGUCUCUACACGACAUAUACCUGCCUGCAGUGCUGGCAGUAAAUUUGGAACACAUCCAAGGAAGUAACGUUUAUCUUGGCUAACGUUUGUUAAUUAAGCGAACACCGUUCUUGUCGGUUUUUGUCUUGACAUUUUGUUUAGCGCUGUAGGUGAAAUAAUGACGGUUUAAUAAAGUAAAGGUUUAAAACCUCAUUGCUCUCCGUCUCGUUAUUCCCAUGUCUAUGGUUGUGGCUCGUUGGCGCUACUGGAGGGAAAGUUAUUCCCCUUGCCCUCGGACCCUCGCGCCAAUUCUGCGAAUUCCUGUUGUCUAUUGUACAUGGGGCAUUUAUGUAGUUGUGAUUGAAAAUAGGGAGUGAUCGAAGGACGACCCGUUCUAUACAUUGCCACCGUCAUCAAGCAAGAGAGUAAAAAGAUAGUGUGUGUGUGUACGUAUAUGUGUAAAAAAAAAGAAAAGGAAACAGAGAAGAAUAAGAGAAAAAGAAAUGGAAGUGUUUAGAACGUCGUCUUCUACCACCUCUCAAGAGAUUGUUUACGAAGGAUGGCUCAUCAAAUCGCCACCCUUAAAAUUCUGGAGAGCUCGGUGGAGAAAACGGUGGUUUGCUCUUCGUCAUAGUGGUGAGCUGCCUGGCCAGUACUUCUUGGAGUAUUUCACGGACAAACAGUGUCGUAAACUUAAGGGUCGUAUUGACUUGGAUCAAUGUGAACAGGUUUCUUGCAAGGUGGAUGCUGGUCUUCGAUUUGAAAACCGUAAACAGAAAUAUCAAUAUAUGUUCAACGUUAAAACUCCUAAGAGAGUUUAUUAUUUAGUAGCCGAGAAUGAAGGUGAAAUGAACAAAUGGGUAGAUGCAGUAUGUCAAGUAUGCGGUCUAAAAGCUUACACUCAAGAUGAGGAACAACAAAUGUUUCAAUAUGAGUCUCAAGAAUCUCCACCAACUUCGCCAACUAGUACGAUCUCUGGUCCAUAUAUUCCUAUCAGCGAGUGCAUUUCUGGUCGUCGACUUAAUGAUACUAACUUUCUGAGUUCGAACUUGGAACAAAGACCUGAACAUUAUGACGCUCCGAGAAGACUAGCACCUUCACCUCCACGAUCACCCACCACGACGGACGCCGAGAGCGUCUUUACUGAUGACGAAUGGUCAACGCCUGUAUCUAACGCGACAUGGAACACAUUACCUUCCACGGGAAGUGAUAUACGGUCAUCUCGUAGUUUACGCGAUAAUGAAAUAUGCUCUUGGAGUAUAAGAAAACGUUUCGGCAAAUUAAAAAUCAAUUCCUCGAUGUCGCCAAAUAUAGAGAAGAUACCAGCACCUCCUAGACCGCCAAAACCGCCUCGUAUGUUAUCUGAGAGCUCUAGUCACAAUUAUCUAAAUUUAGAUGGUGCUAUUGAGAGUUCGAAACCGACUACUCCUGCAACGCCAGUGCCACCAACGCUUAUUAACACAAUGACGACGGGUGUUGUAACUGACGAAUCAUAUGACUUCCCCAGAUCUCAUCAACCUCAAGCAUUGCAAACAGUCGAGAGCAGCACGGAAGUUGAUGAAUCGUCGAAGCAUUUGUACUCAAACGCCGCGCCGAGUACUGUUAACGAGGAGAAUGUGUUUCGAUACGACUUCCAGGAGGACGAGUCGCCGAGUUUGCAUUCUGAAAACUCGGUCACCGCGACUUACGUGAAUCUACAGUUUCCUCUUAGCCGUGCUUGCUUGAGCACGAUGCCUCCGCCGAUGGUACAUAGAGAACUGAAACCAGGUAGAAAAAUUAGCGACUCGACGUCAAUUCUCAACAACGACCAAGUUCCGAAUCCAACAGUGCACGAAGCGAACUCUACUGAAUGCUCUUCGAUCAAACCGCCGAGCAUUAAUAGAAAGUUGAAACCACCGUUAAAUAGAUCGCCAGUGGACGCACUCCAUCUACAAUUAGCAACACCUCCUGGAAGAGGAAAAAUGCGAGCGGCGCCAAGUCCUACGCCUCCGACACAUAUAAUUCCGUCACGUCAUCUUUCGACAUCGGACGAAGACAAUAACGCAUUCGAGGAAAAAGAAGAAAUAUACUUUUAUCAAGACCGCAAUACAUUUGUUCCUGCGUCUAAUCGUCGACUGGUGGUGCUGCAAUAUUUGGAUCUCGAUUUGGAUAAGACAGAGAGCUUCAAUUCUUCGACGUUACCACCGGCGCAAUCAGCGCCAAGUACAACGGUAUACAAAACCGUUGACUUUUUGAAGACUGAGGCUUUUAAUCGUACUCGACAACGAGUAGAAGAGGAAAGAAAACUAUGUUCGGACGAAUUAGCAUAGAGAAUUUACCAUAGGUGUUACCAUAUAUGUGGAUUAUAUAUUCAAUGUUGACUAGAUUAAGAAGUUUAAUUAAUUUUUUUGUUGUUGCUAUGUUAUAUAGAUGAAAUAUGAAAAAUCGAUCAAUUUUUCAUAUUUUAAACUUUUUUUAAUACGAUCUUGAUUGAUGGUACCAAUUUGUCAAGUUGUCAUUCACAUUGCGAUAUAUUACGGAUAUAUGCGCGCGUCUCACCAAACUGAUUCUAAAUAAACAUUUUAAUCAAACACGUUUUAACAAAUAAUUUUAUUAAUUAUCAUUGUAUGUGAAAAAAAAAAAAAA